CUUGUCCUUACUCCAACGAACCAGAGAGGUUAUCGAGCUAAAGAGUGUGGAUAUUGACAGACCCAUGGCAAGACGAGCUGAGAGAGUGAGAGAAUGAAGUGGCAGCACCGUACGUGUGUCAGCUAUUUCCCCUCGGCGCGCGCUUGGCAAAUGCGAAUUGGUCGAUCGGCUUUCCAGUGCCUGACCCGAUUUGGUUUCUGUGUUCACUACGCUCCUCGUUUUUCCUCCUUACGCACAAUAUCAAUGUCUACCCACUCUGAUGAUUCCAGACCCUCAAGAAAGUUAAAGUCCAAAACGAAGGAGAACGACGAUGGGGACCAUAUCAUCAAGAAAUGCUCCAAGAAACCCAAAGACACUAUCUCCGUUUCCGACGGGAAUGUCGAGGUAGAGGGCAAGAAGAAACGCAAAAGGAAACCCGACGAGAACGCUGCAGUGACCGAGUCGACGGACAACAGGAAAAAAAAGAAACAUUCUAAAUAUUCUGGUGACGCAGCACCCGAGCAGGAGGCUCAGGAUGUGGACAUGAAAGAUGGUACAAUGACCAAGGAGAAGAAGGGUAAAAGGAAGGGGAAGGAAGAGGCUCGUGCGGAUGCAGAGGAAGAUUUUGACGACGUCGCUGGAGGUGUGGUCUCUGACACAGAGCGUUCAACGUCUCGGAAGGAAAAGAAGCACAGGAAAUCCGAGAAAUUGGAAGCCCAGGAAGACAAUCAAGAUACCAGCGUGGUCGACGAUACUGCGCAAAAACCGAGGAAAAAGAAGAAGGACAAAAAGGUUGUACGGGAGGAUGAGGACCCAAAGUCGGAAAAGUCGAAAGAGAAGAAGCGAAAACAUAACGAAUCUUCUGACGAUCCUGAGGACGACGAGUCCCUCACAGACCAAGCACGAAAAGCUUUGAGCUAUGUCUAUAUCUAUUCGACCAAUCGUUCCGCAUGGAAAUUCAACAAAGCCCGACAAAACUGGCUCAUACGCAACGUAUGGUCAAGCGAACUGGUUCCAGACAAGUAUGUCCCUCUGGUGAACAAGUACCUGCAAAGUGUCCAAGGAGGUGUACGAGAGGUCGAUAAUCUCAUCAAGUCUUGUCGAGAGGCGAUCGCUGGUGUCCCUGCCGACACUCCAUCAAAAGCUGUAGACGAAUCUGAAAACCCCGUUGAACCUGCAAGCGUCCACGCUAAUAACGAGAAUCCGGCCCAAGCUGAUACAGUGAGACGGACUCGAGCAAGCGAUUUACUAGCUGUAUUACUUAGUGACGAUUCGUAGUGUACUUGUUCAGGCCGGUCAGGCUCGGAUACUUAAGCGACACCACGUCUUCAAGUUGCAUUGCCUACACGAACGAACACAACACUGAGUACAACUACCUUGCUUAACCUUGGCUACAUCACUGCAUAACGCA